AUGCUUAAGAGGGUAGUCAAGUCUUUCAACCCCCUGGAAGUAGAAAUCGCUCAGUAUCUCUCGUCCGAGACAUUGCGCUCAGAUCCUCGCAACCACACUGUACCUGUCCUGGAAAUCUUCUCUGUCCCCGACGAUCCCGAGGCGACUGUCCUGGUGAUGCCACUGAUGAGGAGAUGCAACAAUCCUGCGUGGCAAACCAUUGGAGAAGUUGUUGCAUUUCUGAAGCAGGUCUUUGAGGGGCUCCAAUAUAUGCAUGAACUGCAUGUAGCGCAUAGGGAUUGUGUGGCACAAAACAUUGUGUACGACCCUCGAUACAUGUACCCGCGUAUGUUCCAUCCGCAAGAAACAGACAAGAGUUUCAACUUCAAGGGCAAGGCCAGGCACUCAACGAGGACCGCCUGUCCUGUGAUGUACUAUUUCAUCGACUUUGGACUCUCCAGGCGAUACAACCCCGAAGAUGGUCCACCCCGCGAACGCCCCAUUCGCAGAGGAGACAAGACUGUCCCGGAGUUCCAGAACUGGAAAGGAGACCUCGUGGAUCCAUCUCCAACCAACAUCUACUACAGGGGCUCGCUCACAAUUGUGACUUUCUACAAAUUCAAAGGGGCCGAGUUUCUGGGGCCUCUCGUCGACGACAUGAUCGCCGCCGAUCCGCUUCAGAUACCGACAAUCCAGGAAGUCGUGUGUCGUUUCGAUGAGCUUCUGAAGCCGCUCGACAACGCGAAAUUGCGUUCCCGCCUGCCGCUGCGCGGCCAGCCUGAGGGCUGGGUGACCAGGUGA